UAGAAAUUUGACGAAACAGCUAUCCACAUUCCACACACGGUGGGAGAAAUUGUCUCACGAGCGAGUCAACCCUUGGGCCUCGGGCCUGUGCCACCCUUACGCUCUCUCAUUCCAUUUCAUUUCAUUUUCUACGCCCAAAAAGCUUCUAAAAAAGUACAACAACGAGAAAGAGACUGAUAAAAGAACUCUUGAUCUCAUCCAAAAGGAGCCAUACCUGACCUGAGAUCGAAUCGAAACCCUAACUCUUGAAGAAAACCAUGUGGAGGAGACUUAGUACCCAGUUUCGGAUUUUAAGCCAACUCCGAUCUGCCCCUAAAUCCAAUCGGUUUUCCGCCGCCGCCGCCGCCUCCUUAUCGCCGUCUCCGGCGUCUUUCCAACCCGCAGUUCCUUUCUCCUCUCGCCACUUCAGUACUGCUUCAGAAAAUGUUGUGAAGAAGAGUGUGGAGGAUGUAAUGCCAAUUGCGACCGGUCACGAGCGCGAAGAGCUUGAAGCUGAGCUUCAAGGAAAGGAACUUCUUGACAUCAACUUUCCUGAAGGUCCUUUUGGCACAAAGGAAGCACCAGCUGUUGUUAAAUCCUACUAUGACAGAAGAAUUGUAGGAUGUCCAGGAAGUGAAGGCGAAGAUGAGCAUGAUGUUGUUUGGUUCUGGCUCGAGAAGGGCAAGCCACAUGAAUGCCCAGUAUGCACACAAUAUUUUGUGUUGGAGGUGGUUGGCCCUGGAGGACCUCCAGAUGGACAUGGUGAUGACGAUGAUCAUCACUGAUAGUGGCUUGCAAUUUUUCUGCCGGAAUAAAUCUGGUUGAGAUGAUGAGAGAUUUAGUUGCUCUACAAACUCAGGAUUCAAAAGUUUUUUGGUUUUGUUUGCUUUUUGUGGAUCAGUUGUUCUUAUGGCUGCUGUGUCGGUGAAGGUUUUCCUUUUAGAAUUUAAUCACAGACUUGACAUACUCUAUUGGAAUUAUACACCCAUUUUCUCCAAAUGCCGAGUUCAAUAAUCGAUAGCCACAUACUGGAUUUUUUUUAUUUCUU